UCUGACCUGGAAACUUGUUGCGAUUUAACCGCUGGCUGAAGCAGCUAACAGCUAGCUACAUUAGGAAGCCAGGCUAAUUUGCGGCUACAGCAGAUAAACUCUCGUUAGGUUCAGUCUCCAAUGACACCCAGCUUCCAGAAAUGCUCCCGGCUACUGCCUGAUAUCCGGUCGCUCAGAUCUCCUAAGCCUUGUCUCCAGCCCACCGGGAGCUACCCUGAUCCAGAAAUCGCAGUAACUUCUCGAUAAAAUGGAUGCUGAUCGACAGAGGCGAAGAGAAGAGAUCCAGAGGGCAAUGAGCUUCAUCCAGUCAUCAUUGCCCUUCCCUGAGCCAGAGAGCUAUGAGGCAUUUCUGACCCAGUUGGUGUGCAACUUGCUCGACGAGGGAAAUUCUUGCUUUCGAGAUGGUGACUGGCGUCAGGCAGCUCAGCAGUACGGAGAGGGAGUCAGCGUCGCACGCUACGCGCAGGCCGAAGCUGUCAUCAUCCCGCAUGAGCUGCUGGAGAGCCUCUAUGUUAACAGGGCUGCUGCCUUUUACAAGAUGAGGGAGUAUGAACGUGGCAUUCAGGACUGUGAGAGCGCACUGUGUGUGUCGGAGGGCAGCCGCAGGGCUCUGUACCGAAAGGCCCUCUGCCUGAGGGAGCUGGGAAGACUCAGGGAGGCUUAUGAGAGUGGAACCAAAUGUCUCCUAACAGCGCCACACGAUGUUCUGGUCAUCGACCUGGCCCAGGAUCUGGCCAACAAGCUGGGAUUGAAGGGCCGUAAAGCCUACGUCAGCCCGCAGACCGAGUCCACAUCUACCGAGGGCGAGAGUCACGGGGAAACGUCGCCGCCCACUGGAGAAAUGUCCUCCAAUGGGCUGGAGUCCCUGGGUGACAUUGGAGCAGCGGACCUGACGGACGCACAGUGCAUCCCCGCCCCCUUGGCCACGCCCAUCCCAGUCAGCGAUGACCCAGCCAUCACGGUGGUGACCUCGUGCACCGAGCUCUCGGAGAGCCCCAGCAGCCAGACCCUGCCUCCCAUGCCGUACUCCGUCCCGGUGUCGGAGCACAUGGACGAAUGCAGCACCAGCGUCAUUAAGGACGGCUUGGAGAACAUUUUGGACUGUAUGCCCAAGAAAGUUAGUGAGAGCCCGGUUCAAGGUGCCAUCCCCACCAACCUCCCCAACACAGCUGUCGGCCUUCGGCCUCCUUACUCGCCGGGCCUUCCAGCGCCGUCGCCCCAGCUUCCCCCAGCCUUCUUCAGCUCCUCCAUCAGCGACAUGCCCCCCCUGGAGAAUUACACGUCGCUGCGGGACCAGGCCUCCACCCAAGCGCAGGACGCACUAGGAAGCUUUUCUGCAGGGGCCUCAGACGGAGAAGGAAAGGGAGUCACUGCUGGUGGGCUCGACUCGUUGUCUGAAUACACUCUUCCUGGGGGGCGAGUGUGUCACAGUUUCAUCCCUGGAAUGCGCAACCACAGUGCUGGGCACACGAACGGACCAGGAGGAACCAACCUCUCUCUGCUCUCCAGGAAUCCUCUGGCAGCCACUCACGAGUUUCGCCAGGCUUGUCACGCCUGCUACAGCCGAAUAGGUCCUCGAGUGAUGGACUACAAGUACCAGCCAGAGGCAGCUCACCGCUGCAAGAGAGACGUGCUGUUAUGUCGUCUCAAAAAUACAGAUGAUCCCACCUGGAAGAGGAUUCGCCCCAGGCCCGCGCGGAAUAACUUCCUGGGAGCCUUUGUGCUUUGUAAAGAGGUGCAGGAGCGCCAGGAGUGCCAGUACGGGGAGAACUGUACGUUCGCCUACUGCCAGGAGGAGAUCGACGUGUGGACGCAGGAGAGGAAGGGGGCGCUGAGCCGAGAGCUUCUGUUCGACCCACUGGGCAGCACCGAGCGGCGGGCGCUCAGUGUCACCAGGCUGCUGCAGCUCCACAUGGGCAUGUUCAUGUUCCUCUGUGAGGAAUGUUUCGACAGUAAGCCUCGGAUCAUCAGCAAACGCAGCAAGGAGAAUCUAGCAGUCUGCUCAAACCUCACAGCACGGCACCCAUUCGAUGAUAACAAGUGCCUGGUCCAUGUGGUGCGCUCGGCCAACGUGCGAUACAGCAAGGUACGGCCCCUGCACCCCCUCUGCCAGUUCGACAUCUGUCGGCAUGAGGUUCGCUACGGCUGCCAGCGGGAGGACAGCUGCUCCUUUGCUCACUCUGUGAUCGAGCUCAAAUGCUGGGUUCUGCAGCAGGACACUGGAAUCACCCAUGAAGAAAUGGUCCAGGAGUCCAAGAGACACUGGCAAAGGCUGGAGCAGAACUCUCAAAAACAACACAAGCCCAUCCACAUCCCCCAUCAGAGCAACAGCAUGCCGGCGGGGGGGAUGGGGGUCCUUGGUGGUGGAGAAGGAGUGGGAGCGGGAGGAGUGGGUCCAUUAGGGGGUGUUGGUGUGGGGGGGCUGGUCGGAGGGCCAGGAAGGGGGCGCCCCCUCAACCUAAAGAUGAAGUUUGUCUGUGGUCAGUGCUGGCGGGAAGGACAGGUCAACGAGCCCGAUAAGAACCUCAAGUACUGCACCGCCAAAGCUCGGCACAGCUGGACGAAGGAACGCAGAGUCCUCCUGGUGAAAUCAUUUGAGAAGAAGAAGUGGGUGGUUGUCCGACCUCUGCCCUUUUCACGCUCCUACCCACAGCAAUACGACAUGUGUGUGCAUGUGAUGAAGCAGAAGAAGUGCCACUACAUUGGGAACUGCUCCUUUGCUCACAGCCUGGAGGAGCGGGACGUUUGGACAUACAUGAAGAACAACAACUUGAGAGACAUGCAGCAGAUGUAUGAGCUGUGGCUCCAGCUUACCAAUCAGAACAGACGGACGGAAAGCUCCGCUGUGACCCCGCCUCCUGACGACAAGCAGGUCACCAUCACAGCCGAUUACACAGAAAACCUGGGAGGCCAACAUCUGUCCGAUGGUGAUGACCUCUGAUUGUUACUCUCUGUAAACACAUCGGAUCAUUGCAGACAGAGAUGGAGGCGAGUCAACCAAGACCGGUUGCAGUCGAAACGCCGAUCAUCAUCCUCCCCUGUCCCCGGCGAGCUGCGAGAAAGCAGACGGGCGCUCAAGAUGUUUGAACCCCAUGAUCACAUAUUCAUCCACUUAAAUCUUUACACACAACACACAGACCCACAGGCACUGCUCAUCACUAAGAGAAGGCUUUUUAAGUAAGAACUAAAAAAUUAGUUUUAGUCAUUCUGCAGGAAUUUUACAGUUUACUCCCCUGAUACUCUGAGUCUGUGUCCCCCUGCCGCCUCUUUUCUUCUUCUUAGCACUCAAGCGAUUCACACCAGGACACGCUGGUCGCUGUCCAGAAAUUUGCCACAACAGUUAAAGACAUCACGCUCUUAUUUUUGAUGCUGAAACGUUACGAGAGCCGAAAAUUGCCAAGCUUCCCAGUGCUUCCAAAUUCAGCUAGAAACCGUGGAAACUGUAAAAGCGCUGGAAAAAGAGGUUUCAGGUGGACACGCCUCAUCAAACUAUCAACCAAAUCCUACUCUUCCCUUUACAGGAAUCAUGAAAACUGAUUUGAGUUUCAGCGUUUUUGGUUUUGUUUUUUUUUGUUUUUGUUUGUUUUUUUUUUCCCUCGGGGAGUUACACUUCUUUGUUAUAUCUGCCAUAUUGGUAGAAAGUUUUGAAUGUAAAGCCUGAACAGGCCUUCAAAACAAGGAAGUGAGUUGUUUAAGAUGUUAAUGUUGUAGAAUGUAUGCAGAUAUCACUCACCUGCCCUGAAAUCGGGUGACAUGUUAGCUCCAUACCAGCUGCUCCUGCAGCGGAUCGUCGCCCAGAGCCAAAGCUAAGACCCGUAUCAGUUUGACAGACAAGCGAAAGAAAAUGACUGAGAAGUUUUAAAGAUAUCGGUUUCUUUAAGAAAACUUAAAAUGUGAAUAUAACUGAGGUCGGUAUAGGAGGAACACAGAAAAGUCACUAAUUCAAAAUAGUUGAUUGUAUGAAGAGGAAUUUGUUCCAAUGUUAUUGAAAGAAAGAAGAUGUUUCAGAAAAGGAAAAACUUCAACAAAAAGGUUUUAAGAGUAAUUCAUACCUUGUAAGCAAAGGUUUAGCCAAUAUUUUUAGUUUGCUAUUUUUUUUUUUUUAAUCUUUUCGAUAUUUUUGCGGAAGACUUAGUUUUAUAACUGGCAUUCUUUUCAAAUCUCAUUUAGAUUUCACGCUCUUCACUUCUGGGUAAAGCAGCUUUUCUAUUGGUCUGCGAAUGUAACCAAUAGAAAUCAGUCUGCUGUGCGUUGCCAUUAGCAACGACAAUUCUAUUGGUCCAUGGGGACACCACCAAAAUGUAGAGGCUGAGAUCUGUAAAGAAUGCAAUAAAACUGGAUCCCAAAUAAGAUCUUUUUUUUUAAUAAUGUGGAGAAAAAAAAGACUGAAACCAUGAAACUUAAAGAAUUUUUUUUUUUUCAGAUAAUAAAAUUUAAAAAAUAAAUAAAUCUGAUUAAAUUAUUUGGAAAAAAAAAAGCAAACUAGAAAUAUUGUUUAAGUUUUUGAAUAUACUUUAUAAAUAGAAAACAAAAAAGCAAUUUCUCAGAUUUUUUUUUUAUUUUUUUUAUGUGUUCUUUGUUUUUAAUAAUAUUGGAACAAAUUUCUCUCCGUACUUGGCGUUAGCCUUAGGCUGGAAAAACUUGGGCUACACAUAAAACACAAUGACAGAUGUCUCAAUAUAUAAAGAUGAUUAUUUUUAUGUUUGUUGGUAAAAAGUUAAAAUAUUAUUAGACGUUCUAGUUCAGCCUCAAGUGUUCAGAAACUUUCUCCUGCAACCAUCAGUUAGAAAUUUUACGUUCUUGAUCCGACCCAAAUAGUCGGUCCCUGUUAGGUCAGAGGGGGGCCUCCGGAUCAGUCUUCUUCACCUUCUGGCCCCGAGACAUGGACGGAUUCACACCGCAUAACGUGCCUAAAAGAUAAAAAACACACUAUCAUGUGACACAAACACCCAUGCAGAAACGCACAUACACCCCACAAAAAAAAAACCAGACAGGAAACACGUUGCCAUCUUAUUUUAGCCUUUUAAAGUAGACCUGAGAAAUCAUGAGCGUAUGUCUUUAUUCAGUGACACGCAUAUUAUACAUACAUAUAAUAUACAUACAUACUAAUGAUAAAUGAUAACUUAGCAGUUAAGCUUAAUAAAUAUAUAUAACCUGGAAACUUGUAUUGAUUACAUAGAUAAACUUCUUGUUAUUGAGGUUUUGCUAUAUGACAUGUAUCGCUUAAUUAGAUGAUUAUAGUAUCUUUUUUUUAUUAUGAUUUUAUUUUAAGAUUUUCUUUUCAGUAAGUGUGGGUUGUUCCAGACAGGGUGGAUGGACCAGAUUUCAAAAUAAAAGCAUAGAUGGUUUACACUGCGACUAGAGAUCAAGAGAUCACGUAACUUUAUUUUGAUAUCUAUAUAUAAUAUAAAUAAUUAGUAUAAAAGUUGAUUUCAGAACGAAAUAAACUGAUUGUGGAGAUUUGGUUUAAGGGUUAAAGUUGAAAGAUGAGGGCAGGUUCAUGUGGGAGGAACAUGUUAGUUGUUUAUCCGGCCUUUGUCUGGAACAGCCCAGGUGUUAGCUUCUUUAAGAGAUCGUAUUACUAUCACUCCUAGUAUUCUGAUGAAUAUGAUGACUAUAAUUAUUGCUAUCUAUUGACUAUUCCUAUUUUUCUUCUAUAUGCUAUUGAUAUAUGUAUGUUAAUUGCAAUGUAUACCUUUCUCUUUAUAUAUGUAUCCAUGUACGAAUAUAAUUGACAGUAAUUGCGCCUCAGUGUGCUGAUGGACACAGAGGCUUGUAUACUCCCACAUAGCGCCUUAUUCAUUAUACUACACCUAUAAGAUACAUACAUAGCCCUAUUGUAUAAUCGUACUCACUAUAAGCAGUAUAUGAUACCUGAUAACCUAUGAUGAUACUUAGACAUCCUUUAUGAGGUGUUUUAGAUAAGAAACAGUGGCCUGUCUUCAUUUCUUUUCUCUGUGGCUGUGAAAUAUGUGCGGUGAUCAGAAAUAGAUUUUUUCUUUCAAAGUUAAAAAGCUCUGAGCCACGCCCCCCAAACGCUCCUCAUCUUCUUAUUUCAGCUCCACUUCAUUUGUUUAAUGCCACUUCCCGCCGUAGCGGUGAGCAGGAACUUUGCCAACGGUCAUCUUAAAGUCCCAGUAGUUGAAUUAAAAAAAGAAAUGUAAUGCAUUGUCUGUGUGACAGUACAGGAAGUUUUGUUUUGGAUCUAAGUUUAAAUUUCAACCUUUUUUUAAAAAAAAAA